AUGGCGUUGGUGUUACCGCUUGAAAUCUACUCGACCUUCAAUGGCGAAAGCUUUAAAUCCAUGGAUGAUGGUGCGAACGGGGUUUUAUGCCGCGCUCAAGUAGGCAUCCGUUCGAUAAACAUGUUUGUUUCGGUCUUUAUUCUGACAUAUCUUGCAUUCGACAGAUAUCUAACCGUUGUCCAAUCCAAAACCGCGAGAAUCUUCAGAAAGACGGUCGAAUUCAGCCACAGUCAAAUAUCGAUAGUCGCGGUCAUUUGGUGCGCUGGAAUACUUAUUGCAAUUGAACCGAUCCGAAGAGCGAAAACCAGCGCAUAUGGAACUUGUGGAAUAGAUUGGGGCGACACAGAAGAGUGUUAUGUAACAGUGCAAAAUGGAACUGGGUUUAUCGAAAAACAGACGAAGAUACCCUUAAGAAAUGUUGGAUUCUGCGCUUGUGACAUGUCUCGCUCACACAAGAUCUUUCAAGUUGUCGCCUUUGUUUGUUCAUUUUUAUGUCCGUUAAUUAUCAUUCUUUCAUCGUACUUCUCGAUUGUUAACGAAGUACGAAAAACAGAGAAGAACGCAUACCGCCCACAAAUCGACAAUCAGCGAUUCCUCGAUCUUCAAUUUCAAUCUGUCGAUUCUUUGAACGCCAAAAAGUCCGCAGGGGUUAAAUGGAAGAAGACUAUUCGCGUUUCUUUGAUUUGCUUGUCUCUUAUUCUUGGAUUCGUUUGCUGCUGGACCCCCUACCAUCUAAAUUAUAUUAUUCUCAUUUUUUUCAACGAUUCAGCUUGGACCAUCAGAACCUGCUCGUCUUUCAACAAAAUAUACAACUUUUUGAUCUGGUCAAUGCGCAUAACGAACCCCCUUUUAUACUGUUUCCUCCAAAUGAUGCUCAAAGACAACUCAAUUGCCCAAACAAGGAGAAAAAUCUCUACUGCUUUUAGAAAAGCUGCCGCUUGCACAGAAACGUCUGGAGAAACGCCUGUUACACUUGAAAACAAAGCUGUCGAUUCUCAAUAA